CUGGGAUUACGGGCCUGAGCCACUGCGCCCGGCCGGGAUCCUCUUAAAGAUAGGUGCCCUAUGGUGUCACUCGGGUUUUAAUUGGGUUCCUUUAGCUGCCAGGUGGGAGUGCACUGUACAUGUGUGUGGGAACGGCAAGUGUGGGAGGCAGGAGACCAGCAGGAGGCUAAGGGCCCUGUUGUGAUAGCCCAGCCAGAGAUGCUGGAGCUGUGGACCUGGGCGGUCCUGAUGGAGGAGGUAAGUCGUGGUUGGAUUUUGGAUCUCUUUUCAAGUAGAGCCAACAAUAUUUGCUGAUAAAUCAGGUUUGGAAUGUGUGAGAAAAGGACUCAAGGACUUUGUCAACACUCUGGCCUGCACAGCUGGAAGGCAGAGUAGCAGUUACCUGGCGGGGAAGGACUUUGAACCUGCUGAGUUUGGGAUACCCAUUGGAUAGCCCAGGGGAGCAGCAGCUGGAUGGGAGCCUCGAGCUCAGGGGUGCAUGCUCUGCCUCCUCGCCUGCCGUAGUGAGAUCUGGUGAACCCCUGAGAGGGCAAUCCCAGGCCCCAGGGAGUGAGUGGAGAGGCAGACAGAGGGAAGGGAGUGCUGAGCCCUGGGGGCCACCAGGGUCGGAUCAGGGACAAGAGGCAGGACGAGCAAAUGAAGCUGAGAGGAAGGAGGGGACCAAGAGUGUCAGGAGUGGGACCACCAAGCGAGGAAGGGACUACCUGGGUCAAAUACUGCAGUGGGGCCAAGUGCAAUGAGGACUGGCGUUGGGGAGAGGGGACCGAGCAGCCCCAGCCGCAGCUCAGCACCCCCAGCCUGGCCGGUCACCUAGCCUUGCCUGCAUCUUCCUUCCGAGCUGGUUUUUGGCCCCCUCCCAGGGGUCAGGCUCCCUUUCCCCAGUGGAAGCCCCCAGAGCCCCAAGAGGGCCUUCUCUUUGCCAGCCUGGGGCUGCCAGCCUGGCCCUGGCCUGGCUGUGAUAUAAAUUAUGGGGAAAGAUGGUGAUGUGACUUUUAUCGGCUCAUGUGUUCAAUAAUGGUAAUACAUCCCAUUAUAUCAUAUUAUAUUAAUAUAGUGCAAUAUAUUACACACAGCGCUGCACAUUAACUUGACUCGAGAGCGCACUGGGCAGACACCAUGGUUAAUUUUCUUGGCCUAGCCACGCCCCGUUGCCAGCACUCAGUGCUCCUGGUGAUGUGGUCAUCAGGACAUGGGGUGCAGUUACGGACACCCCAGGCACUACACUAAGGUUUUCCCAGACCCGCGCCUGCCUGUGUGAGGAUUGUCGGCUUUUGGAGAAGGGGCUUUCGGAUGUUGUUACUCCCACCUUGUGGAGGCCCCUCUGUCCUUACCCAUGAGAGCAGCAGUGGUCACCUAAUUAAGCCCCCAUUGAACAGAUGCAGAAACUGAGGCUCAUAGAUGUGAAGUGGCGCCCAAGGAAUGUGGUGGGGCAAGACCUGGAACCGGGACUCUCAGCUUCCCAUCCGGGCUGCUUCCUGGGUGCGGGGAUGGUGUAGGCAAAGGGCAGGAGGCUGGGAAUGGACACACAGUGUGUGCCAGGUGGGGAGGGAGCAGGGGGUGAGAGUGCUCAGGGGCUGGGGCCAGACAGACAGGGGUUCAAAUCUCAUUUUGCCACUUGUUGUGUCAUCCUGUUUCCAUGUAUUCUUGGGCCUCCGUUUCCUCAUCUGAAAAAUGAAGGUAAUGAGUAAUGUUCGCUUCAUGGGAUUGUUGUGUGAGGGAGAAGUGAAUAAUCCACAUGAAGUGCUUGGCACAGAGUAGGUGCUCGUUAGCCGACAGCCACCAGUCCUGUUAUGAUGACAAGAACACUCCAGUAGCCUCGUGCUGCUGCCGCCUCCCGCCCACUGGCAAGGAUGCCUGGCCCUGGCCCAGUCCGCUCCGUGUCCCCAGCCCUGGGGAAGCCUGCCCUGCCCCACCCUCAGCCUGACCCCUUUGGGUCCCACAGCCUCCCUGGGCUGCCCCCAGCUCUCCCUGCCCCUUGGACAUUAGGGUGUGACCUAGGGUCAGCAUUGCCUGUGUCCUGGCCCACAGACAGCACCGUGGCACAGAGGAAGCCCGGCUUGCCAUUGGGUGGGCCUGUGUAUGAGCCCAGGCACGUUCCUCAGCUUCGGAGGGGCAGCUUCUCAUCUGAGGAUCGGGCUCCAGCUUCCUACCUUGGGGCCGUGGUGAGGGUUACCAAGCGAGGCUGUGCAUGAGCCUCUGCCGCACCUCCUGUGUGUGAGAGAGGUGCAUGGCUGGCUCCGAACGUCUGGGCCAAUUCCUCCCCUCUCCCCAGGCUUCUGUAACACCCAUUCUCCCUUGGGACCCUCGCAGUGCCUGACACAUGCCAGUCUCUCACCAUGGUGCCUGCGGACAGGUGAGGAGACUGAGGCUCACAAAGGAGGUGACUUGCCCAAGGUCACUCAGUGAGGCAGCUUCUUACCUCUGAAAGUUGGACUUUGAGCCCUCCUUGGAAAAGGGGGCAUGGCUGUGACCCUUGGGGCUCCUCGAUGGGCCUCUGCCCUGCCCACCUGGGCUCCUCCUGGCCUCCCCCGACGGAUCACUGUUGACAAGGUUACCGAGUCAGCAUGUAAAACCUGCAAACGUGAGUGUAAUUUAUUGAUCUACAUUUCGCCUAUGAAAUAGGACAAGUGCUGAUUUGAGGAUCGCGUUUGCUCUCCCUCGUCCGCGCCUCCGCCCGCUCUCUCGGGUGCUCUUAUCUGCGGCCCUGCCUCUGAGCCUGCAUCGAGCCGCCUCCUUUGUCAGCACCGCCGAGGCUCUCCACUCCAUGCCCUCUAUUCUUCUCCAGCUUCCAUGCCUUAUCGGGCCCCUCUUUUUUCCUGGGCUCCUAAGAAAACAUGUAAUGUUUAAAAGGGUGAGACAAGGGACUGAAUAAAGUGCUUUCUGGGGAAAUAUUUGUUCAAAGGCCUGUUGCCUGCGUCUGUCUGGUUCUCUCCUGGAAAACAUAAUUCAGAACGGGCCUGGAAAUUAAUCCAAGUGUCCGCUUGUUCUCCUGAUAAGAGGCUGGGCAGAACCCGGGGAUGGGGAGACAGAGGUAUCAUGGGGCAGCUUCCCAGCAUUUGCUUCCGGGGGUGUCAGUGGGGGACACGGUGUGACAGGUCCCAGGAGGUGAGGGAUGCCAGAGGGAGGGUCCUGCCUGAACCCAGGUGGGAGGAAGGAGACCUCAGAGCACCUUCUGUGUGCCAGGCACUGCCGUGGGUGGCCCGCUUACUGCAGAGUGACGCCACUGGCUUGCCCGGGUGCAGCGUCAGACCAUGUGAGAAUUGGAGCUGCUGACCAGCUCUGUGACCUUGACAAGGCCCUGAGGCUUUGGGCCUCGGCUUCCUCACCGGCUGAAGGCACUUCAGCACUGAGGUGCUUGUCUCAUGGGCUGGCUGUGCAGAGGGAAUGAGGUGUCCCCUUUGUUCAAUGAACGCCUGUCCUGUGCCAGGUGUCUGAAGACACAGUGGGGGGAUAGCAUGAAGCCCCAGGCUGUUGUUUUGGAGGGAGAUGGAUACUAAAUGAAUUAAGUAAGGAAAUAUAGUGUGUUAGUAGGCGAUCAUUGUGCAGAAAAUCAAAGCAGAGGAGGUGAAGGUGGGGUGCAGGGGCGGGAGGUGGGAUUGGUCAGGGAAGGCCUGCCUGAGAAGAAGACAUUUGAGCAAAGUCUUGAAGUGAGGGAUGAGAGGGAGUGAGCCGCAUGCAUGUCUGGGGGAAGAGCAUUCAGGCAGCGGAACAGCCAGUGCAAAGGCCCUGAGGCUAAGUGUGCCUGGAGAGUUCGAGGCUCAGUAAGGAGGCUGGCGUGACUGGAGCUGAGUCAGUGAGGCCAAGCUGGGAGAGGUUGGAGAUGAGGUCAGAGGUGUUGAGCAUGAAAAUGCUUUGUUAAAAUGCCAAGUGUUGCGGGUAAUUCUGACAGACUGCUCUGAGCUGAGCCGUAAAGGGCAUUUUAUUAGCAUCUGGCAGGGGCUCCCAAAGGAAGGCUGGUGUGUGAAUUUUGCAGGAAGCGGGGAGGCCUGUUAUUGCUCCUGUCCCCUGCACACCUUAAAUGCCCCAGUCCUUCCCGCUGGCUGCAAGAUGGUGCAAACUCUUCCCAAGCUAUUUCCCCAUGAUGGUGCCAAGAGAAAAAAGAGGACCCUUGGGACUUCAGGGCCAUGCUGUGGGGGUGGAGGACAGAUACCCCAGAUCAGCUACGCCUCCACCGCGCCAGACCUGAGCGACAACAGCCGCUACGACUUCUUCUCCCGCGUGGUGCCCUCGGACACGUACCAGGCCCAGGCCAUGGUGGACAUCGUCCGUGCCCUCAAGUGGAACUACGUGUCCACGGUGGCCUCGGAGGGCAGCUAUGGCGAGAGCGGUGUGGAGGCCUUCAUCCAGAAGUCCCGUGAGGACGGGGGCGUGUGCAUCGCCCAGUCGGUGAAGAUACCACGGGAGCCCAAGGCAGGCGAGUUUGACAAGAUCAUCCGCCGCCUCCUGGAGACUUCGAACGCCAGGGCAGUCAUCAUCUUCGCCAAUGAGGAUGACAUCAGGCGUGUGCUGGAGGCAGCACGAAGGGCCAACCAGACAGGCCAUUUCUUCUGGAUGGGCUCUGACAGCUGGGGCUCCAAGAUUGCACCGGUACUGCACCUGGAGGAGGUGGCUGAGGGCGCUGUCACGAUCCUCCCCAAGAGGAUGUCUGUACGAGGCUUCGACCGCUACUUCUCCAGCCGCACGCUGGACAACAACCGGCGCAACAUCUGGUUUGCCGAGUUCUGGGAGGACAACUUCCACUGCAAGCUGAGCCGCCACGCCCUCAAGAAGGGCAGCCACGUCAAGAAGUGCACCAACCGUGAGCGAAUUGGGCAGGAUUCAGCUUAUGAGCAGGAGGGGAAGGUGCAGUUUGUGAUUGACGCCGUGUACGCCAUGGGCCACGCGCUGCAUGCCAUGCACCGUGACCUGUGUCCUGGCCGCGUGGGGCUCUGCCCGCGCAUGGACCCCGUAGAUGGCACCCAGCUGCUUAAGUACAUCCGAAACGUCAACUUCUCAGGCAUCGCAGGGAACCCUGUGACCUUCAAUGAGAAUGGAGAUGCGCCUGGGCGCUAUGACAUCUACCAAUACCAGCUGCGCAAUGACUCUGCUGAGUACAAGGUCAUCGGCUCCUGGACUGACCACCUGCACCUUAGAAUAGAGCGGAUGCACUGGCCGGGGAGCGGGCAGCAGCUGCCCCGCUCCAUCUGCAGCCUGCCCUGCCAGCCAGGUGAGCGGAAGAAGACAGUGAAGGGCAUGCCUUGCUGCUGGCACUGCGAGCCUUGCACAGGAUACCAGUACCAGGUGGACCGCUACACCUGUAAGACGUGUCCCUACGACAUGCGGCCCACGGAGAACCGCACGGGCUGCCGGCCCAUCCCCAUCAUCAAGCUUGAGUGGGACUCACCCUGGGCAGUGCUGCCCCUCUUCCUGGCUGUGGUGGGCAUUGCUGCCACGUUGUUUGUGGUGAUCACCUUUGUACGCUACAAUGACACGCCCAUCGUCAAGGCCUCGGGCCGUGAACUGAGCUACGUGCUGCUGGCGGGCAUCUUCCUGUGCUACGCCACCACCUUCCUCAUGAUUGCCGAGCCCGACCUCGGCACCUGCUCGCUGCGCCGAAUCUUCCUGGGACUAGGGAUGAGCAUCAGCUACGCGGCUCUGCUCACCAAGACCAACCGCAUCUACCGCAUCUUCGAGCAGGGCAAGCGCUCAGUCAGUGCCCCACGCUUCAUCAGCCCCGCCUCGCAGCUGGCCAUCACCUUCAGCCUCAUCUCGCUGCAGCUGCUGGGCAUCUGUGUGUGGUUUGUGGUGGACCCCUCCCACUCGGUGGUGGACUUCCAGGACCAGCGGACGCUGGACCCCCGCUUCGCCAGGGGUGUGCUCAAGUGCGACAUCUCAGACCUGUCGCUCAUCUGCCUUCUGGGCUACAGCAUGCUGCUCAUGGUCACGUGCACCGUGUAUGCCAUCAAGACACGCGGCGUGCCCGAGACCUUCAAUGAGGCCAAGCCCAUUGGCUUCACCAUGUACACCACCUGCAUCGUCUGGCUGGCUUUCAUCCCCAUCUUCUUUGGCACCUCGCAGUCGGCCGACAAGCUGUACAUCCAGACGACGACGCUGACCGUCUCGGUGAGUCUGAGCGCCUCGGUAUCCCUGGGAAUGCUCUACAUGCCCAAGGUCUACAUCAUCCUCUUCCACCCGGAGCAGAACGUUCCCAAGCGCAAGCGCAGCCUCAAAGCCGUGGUCACGGCGGCCACCAUGUCCAACAAGUUCACUCAGAAGGGCAACUUCCGGCCCAAUGGCGAGGCCAAGUCUGAGCUCUGCGAGAACCUCGAGGCCCCAGCGCUGGCCACCAAACAGACUUACGUCACUUACACCAACCAUGCAAUCUAGCGAGGCCAUGGAGCUGAGCAGCAGGAGGAGCCGUGACCCUGUGGAUGGUGCGUUGGGCCAGGGCCACACCCAAGGGCCCAGCUGAUGUCUUGCCUGCCCGUGGGCACCCACGGAUGUGGCUUGGUGCUGAGGACAGCAGAGCCCCCGGCCGUCACUGCUGGCAGCCUGGGCAAGCUGGGUGAGCGACAGGAGCACGAGGGGCCGGGGCAGUGCCAGGCUACCACAAGAACCUGCAUCUUGGACCAUUGCCCCUCCCGGCCCCAAACCACAGGGGCUCAGGCCGUGUGGGCCCCAGUGCUAGAUCUUUCCCUCCCUUCGUCUCUGUUUGUGCUGUUGGCGACCCCUCUGUCUGUCUCCAGCCCUGUCUUUCUGUUCUCUUAUCUCUUUGUUUCACCUUUUGCCUCUCUGGUGUCCCUGGCUGCUUGUGCUCUCGGCCUUUUCUGUGUCUCCUUUCUGGCUCUUGCCUCUGCCUCCUCUCCCUCAUCCUCUUUGUCCUCAGCUCCUCCUGCUUUCUUGGGUCCCACCUGUGUCACUUUUCUGCCAUUUUCUUUCCUGUUCUCCUCCACUUCAUUCUCGUCCAGCCGUUGCUCCCCUCUCCCUGCCACCCUUCCCCAACUCAUCAAACCUUACAUGUUGCAAAAGAGAAAAAAGGAAGAAAAAAUCAAAACACAAAAAAGCCAAAACAAAAACAAAUCUCGAGUGUGUUGCCAAGUGCUGCGUCCUCCUGGUGGCCUCUGUGUGUGUCCCUGUGGCCCGCAGCCUGCCCGCCUGCCCCGCCCGUCUGCCGUGUGUCCUGCCCGCCUGCCCGCCUGCCCCUCCUGCCGACCACACGGAGUUCAGUGCCUGGGUGUUUGGUGAUGGUUAUUGAUGACAAUGUGUAGCGCAUGAUUGUUUUUAUACCAAGAACAUUUCUAAUAAAAAUAAACACAUGGUUUUGCA